AAGUCAAAAGUUAUCUAUAACUAAGAAGAACAAGUCAAAAGUUAUCUAUAACUAAGAAGAUGUGGUUGUGUAUUUUGUAAAAAUGUCAAAUUUUUAUGUUCUUAUUCCACAAAUCUACAUUUUUUCCCUUUUUGUUAUGAACGUCUAGUUUUAGAGUUUUGUUUUGAGUGUGCAGCAGAGGUCGCGAUGCAGGCCAUUCAGACGGUGGAGACGCAGGUCCCCAUUCUGAGGGAGAGCGUCUUCAGCACUCCUUUCUCAGACGGGAGGAAGGGCAGCGAGUCCGGCCUGGGCAGCCUCAGGCAGCUGCAGUACCGGCAGCCGGCAGCAGAGGGAGCCCGGCCCCUGGGGCGCUCUGCCAGCGUGCCGCUGCACAGAGUCACAGAGCAGGCGCUGGCUGCUCUUGCAUCAGCAGCGGCGGUAAGCCUGUGGGACUCAGAGAGAGCAGGGGCUCAGAGAGGCAGGUCCAGCAGUCUGCAGGAGCGGGGGGGCCUCGUCGCCGUGGGAGCCCAUCUGCCGAGCGUCAUGGGAAAUCAGGAUGGGAAGCGCAGGAGACCCGCGGAGGAGGCCGGCGCCGGGCGCGACAAGGUGGGAGGGCUCAGGGAGGGAACGCGCACCAGAAAAGCCCAAAGCAAGCCGGGCUGCCAAGGGCUGGACUCCGGCAAGAAGAAGCCCGGGUCGGACUCCAAAACCUCGGUCUUCUCCGGCCUCAGGAUCCGGAAGGGUCUGCCCAAGGGGAAAGAGCGGAAGGGAAAAGGCCCCUCCAGGGGAUCGAAGGAGGAGGGGCUGGACACCCUGAUCUCCCGGAGCGGCCAUGGGGGCGACCUGCGGCCCCUCCCGCCUGAAGCCGCUGAAGCCAGCCUCUCCGCGGAGGAGCCGGGGCUAUCCGACACCGAGCCAGAGCGCAGCCGGCAGUCCACCGCAGACACCGCCGGCAACCAAGAGGGGGGCGGGGCCAGCUCGGCCUCGGACGCCGACAUCAACAGCUUCCACUCAGCCCUGGAGCGGGAGGAUCAGCUCUCGCACUCCCAGCCGGAUCUGGGACUGCUGCAGGAGGUCGCUGAGGCAACAGCAGCAGGCUCUGCCCGGAAGACGAGCAGCCAGCCCCCAGCUGAUCUUACAUCCCGCCCUCUGCACUCUGAACCAAUCACAGUCCUCAAAGGAAUCUCAGUGCGAGAAAUCAGUCUGGCUGCUGAAAUUGGUGAACAACUGAGUGCCCGAGAACGGGAAAGCCAAUCAGAUACUGCUGUGAAUGGCCUGAAUGAUGAUCCAGCCCUCAACAGCCGCUCUGAGACACGCCCACUGCUACACCACAUCCUUCCGCCCAGUGCAAGUCAGACCAAUGAGAGAGCAGGAGAGUCCGUCUCCAGGGCAACCAGCUCGUGCAGCUUCCCUGACUCUACGGCCUCGUUUGAAACUGCAGAAGAGGCUGAACAGGAAGUGAGCGGAGACCACAGGCCGGAGAGCCGGGGCAGCCCAACCAGCGGUACCAAAGAGCCGGAGAAGGCUCCCCUGAGGGGCCCUGAGGCGCCAGAGUGCAUCAGCAAUGUGGAGCUCAGCUUUGAACGUCUACAAGAGCGCCCCCUGGAGGAGAAGCGCAAAAGCAGUGUUUCCUUUGCCCAGUGGGUAUCCGAAACCGAAACCCCCCACGCCCCCUACCGGCGGAAGUCUUCUGUGUCUACCCUUCCUGUGAAGCUCUACCCCGCCAUCCAGCCCACCUACAUCAAAACCACUACCCGCCAACUGUCCGCCCCCUUCCCUUCCCAGGGACCCUCGCCCUCCCACAGCCCCCUGCUCCGGUUUGCAGGGCAGGGGGGGAGGAGACAGAGGUCCUGCAGCAUCGCCGGCCCCCUCACGCCCUUCACUGAUUGGACAGAGGAACUGAAGGCCGGGACAGGGGGCGCCGAGGCCGGGCUGGAGUCCGGCUGCCCCGAAGAGGGUCUUCAGUGGGGCAGCCGUGCGCUCUUCACCCGACGGAGGUGGUCUUCAUACACACCCUCCUCCUCCUCCGGCUUUCAGGAUGUGUUCACUGGGCGCACCCUGCUGGAGAAGGUGCAGCAGGACGAUGGCACUUGUCAGGAAGCAGAGAAGUUGUGCUCACGCAUCCUGGCCACGGGUCUCCUCCUUCCCUUCAACGGCUGUCUCAAGGAGCAGGAAGGGGACACUGCCACUGGUGUGCAGGACAGCCCGAAAUUUGACGGAGAUCAGCUGUACACUUGGGCAGUGGUCGGCCAGCCCUCCACAGGACGCAGCCAGGCCCUGUGGCCUCUGCCCAAACCAGGAGGGGGUGCCAGACCAGGCUUUAAGUACACAGAGGCAGAGCAUCAAGCAAUCAUCCUGGCCCUGCAAAAGCAAAAGAUGGAGGAACAGCAGCUGCAGGAGGAAUCUGAAAAACUGAAGGAGGAACACGUCAGUAUGAUUCAGGCACUGCAGCAAACCAUCCAGGAUUUAAGGGCCAAAAUAGCCCAGCUGGAGAAACAGUGCCCCCUGCUGGGGAAGGAUGGCUUUACCGAAGACCAGGCCUGCGAGAACAGGCAGGCGCAGCUGAAAGCUGUCAGCCUACAGACUGAGAGCAAUCUGGAGGCCAAGUCAGUGCAGACAUCACCUGCAGAUGAGGGCGUUUCAUUUAAAGUGCCUUUCCUGGAGACGUCACUGCCUCCCAAAGAAACGCCAGGGUUCGUCUGUACCUGCCAACAGCAACAGAGAGAAUAUCAGACCCCACCCAUCCCUCCACCCCUACCAGAUUUACCUGUAGCCCCGCCACCUCCCCCUCCUUUACCUGGACUGCCUAUGCCACCUCCCCCUCCUCCGUUACCAGGCAAUGCCAUGCAGGUCCCACCCCCACCCCCUCCCCCACUACCAGGACAAGCUGCAGGCCCCCCUCCACCACCCCCUCUCCCAGGCCUUGGUCCUCCACCCCCACCCCCACUCCCUGGGAUGGGACCCCCUCCACCUCCCCCUCUUCCAGGCCUUGGUCCUCCACCCCCACCUCCUCUUCCUGGAAUGGGACCCCUGCCUCCCCCCUUGCCAGUGGGGAUGCUUGGCCUGACCCCCCCACAGGACAAGGGGCCACAGAAAGCUGCCAUCGAGCCCCCUCGACCCAUGAGGCCCCUGUACUGGACGAGGAUACAGCUACAUUCCAAAAAGGACAAGAGUGGUGCAUUGGUGUGGGAGAGCAUUGAAGAGCCGUCGGUUGAAUUUGAGGAUUUUGUCGAGCUCUUUUCCAAAACCGCCGUGAAAGAGAAGAAGAAGCCUCUAUCAGACACCAUCACAAAAUCAAAGGCCCAGCAGGUUGUGAAGCUGCUGAGUAACAAACGCUCUCAGGCAGUGGGGAUUCUGAUGUCCAGCCUGCACUUGGACAUGAGGGACAUCCAGCAUGCUGUUCUGAGCUUGGACAACUCUGUGGUUGAUCUGGAAACCUUACAAGCCCUCUAUGAAAAUAAAGCCCAGCAAGACGAACUGGAUAAAAUUGAAAAGCACAUCAAGUCAUCCAAAGAAAAUGAAAAAGCAAAGGCACUGGACAAGCCUGAGCAGUUCCUCUUUCAGCUGUCUCAAAUCCCUCAAUUCUCAGGAAGAGUGUUUUGCAUCCUCUUUCAAUCAACUUUUGUAGAAUGUAUUUCCUCUGUUGUCCGGAAGCUGGAGAUCCUUCAGAAAGUGUGCACUGCUUUGCGGGAUAGUGCAGAAGUGAGGUGUAUCUUGGGUCUGGUGUUGGCGUUCGGGAACUUUAUGAACGGAGGAAACAGAAGCAGGGGUCAGGCAGACGGCUUUGCCAUGGACAUCCUGGCCAAGCUGAAGGAUGUGAAAAGCACUGAUAACACACAAAGUCUGUUGUCCUAUAUUGUGUCUUACUAUCUGAAGCACUUUGAUGAGGAUGCCGGUAAGGAGACGUGCGUCUACCCACUCCCCGAGCCUCAGGACCUCUUCCAGGCUUCACAGAUGAAGUUUGAGGACUUCCAGAAGGAUCUGCGGAGGCUAAGGAAAGAUCUCAAUGCCUGCAGCGCAGAGACGGAGGGCGUGUGCAGGGACUCCUCCGAGCAGCAGCUGCAGCCCUUCAGAGAUCAAAUGGAGGACUUCCUGUGUCGAGCAAAGACUGAACUGGAGGCUCAGGAGAAGCAGCUGAUGAAGACUCACGAUGUGUUUUUGGAGUUAACGGUGUUCUACUCUGUGAAAGCCAAAACGGGGGAGAAAGAAGUGUCACCCAGUUCUUUUUUCUCAGUAUGGCAUGAGUUCUCUACCCACUUCAAAGACACCUGGAAAAAGGCGAAUAAAACCAUUUUACAAGAGAGGCUGAAAGCUGCUGAGGAGUCUUUCAGACAGGCCAGAGAGAAGCCCUCCUACAGUGUCAAACCCAAACAGGCCUCUGGAAUGAAAGCCAAGCUGGGUCCGAAGAUAUGAACAGCUGGAUUUUCACAUUUUAAGGCUUAUAGAUGGAAUGUGUAGGAGGGAAAGAUGUGACAUCAAGACAAUCAAGAACAUUCCCAUUCUGCUUCUGACACUAAUCUUUCAUUCUCAUUAUGCUUCUGACACGGAUCUUUCAUUUUACAUGUGUAAAGGGGCUGAAAAUAGUUAAUAUAUCAUCCUCCAAAUAUCAAUCCAUAGUAAAGUCAAUAACUAUAAUAACACACAUUUCAAGUCAGAUGUAAAAUCUGUAUUUAAAAAAAACCGUUUGGGCAUGAUCAGGGCAUGCCAGUUUAGCUAUAGCUUUUCAAAAACACCACACAUUUCUUCUGAAUUAAACAUUCUUUAGAAAUGUAAAAAAAUGGCACCAUGACAUUACCUGUACCAUGACCUUAUCCUCUGUGUUCGUGGUUCAACUCUGGGACCUUAUCUGUCUGUACAUCAAGCCUGAUGUUGACCCCCCCAAACCAGUCCCUCAUAGUAAGAUGUGUACGUGUCAUGUUUAGCAUUUUUACAUUGAUUGUACAUUGAUUGUACAGUGGAUGUAGGUUGGUCAAUAUAAUGUCUAAAGGUAUCCAUUAAAACCCACCUGUUACACCUCA